GGCACCGGGUCGUGUGUCGGGCACGUAGGCCCUUUGCGCGGCGGCGUGUCCGGGGAUGCCGCCUUUCUCUAUGCGCGGCUGCAGACACUGGUGCGCGGCGCGCGCUUCAGGGCGAGUGCUAGGGCUUAUUGAAGGCAGAGGGGAGCCUUCGGGGCGCAGGUGAGGAUGCGCGCCAGUCGCGCGGCGCCGCCGGAGAGGCCGGCUCGGGCUCGCAGUUGCCCGCACGAAAGCUGCUCCUGAGCGCGGGAGGAGGAGGCGAAAUGCCGUAGCAACCUUUCCUUUCCGCGCACGACACACAUAUACACCCUGCCCCGCUCCCCGAUGCGUUGUGUGGCUAAGGAAAGGAGGAGAACCUGCAGUUGCUGGAUCGGGGGCGCGCGGGUGAAAAGGCUGAAGAAUGAUGUCUGCCUUUAGUAAACUCAAUUUGGGUGUUGCUGUUAGCAGUUUUGCUAUAUCUCAACUUCUCUUCCAUGUGCUAAGUUCUUGGAUUUCUGCACGUGUAACUUCUGGUUUUAGCAGUCUUGACCAAAAGAAGAAGAUCGAAUGGAAUUCAAGGACGGUAUCAACAUUCCAUGCCUUGUUGGUUGGAGUAUUUUGUUUGUAUAUUUUAAUGUACGAUGAAGCUGUUAAUGCUGACCAUGUUUGGGGCGAGCCUUCUACAGUGCAAAUAAAUCUUGCUAUUACUUCAGGCUACCUCCUAUCUGAUUUGUUGCUUAUUAUUUUCUACUGGAGUGCGAUUGGGGAUAUAUAUUUUGUAAUUCACCAUUUAGUAGCUGUGUAUGCUUACUACUUUGUACUGGAAAGAGGAUUGUUGGCAUACUUUGCUAAUUUUCGUCUGCUUGCAGAAAUAUCUACCCCUUUUGUGAACCAGCGAUGGUUCUAUGAAGUGCUGGGGUAUUCCAAGGCAUCAAAAUCCAACAUCAUCAAUGGACUACUAAUGACAAUCACAUUUUUCCUAGGGAGGAUCAUAGUCAUCCCAAUUUAUUAUACCAAGGUUGCUGCUGAGGUAGGAACAGAAGGUUUCCAGAGAUUAGGAUUUGCAGUUCAAAGCGUCUGGUUUAUCUCCAGCAUUAUCUUGGACGUCAUGAACUUAAAGUGGAUGGUCAAAAUCACAAAGGGAUGUUACAAAGUUAUUUGUCUUAUUGGACAUGGAGAAGCCAAAGCUAAUAAGAAUGGCAAAUGUAACUAGAAGAUUUUUAAUGCAACAACAAUCUAUAACGGGAACUUUGGUUUCUUCGAAAGAACAAUGCACACUUUUGCCAUAAAAAACUCCUCUUAAGGGAAAAAAGGUAUUACCUCUGUUCAAUGUAGCCUUCCUCUUGGCACACUGCCUGGGCACCCAGGGCCACUUCAUUUGAAGACUUGUAUUACAUGGAAUGGGAAACAGUAACAUGCUGCAUAUACAACCUUGGCAGUGUGUUCUAAGCACUUAAUAGACAAACGAACCUGUAAAGGAACAAACUUUUCUAGCAGUACGUUCCUAUGAAUUCUCACUCAGGUUUCUUAGACUAAUGUGUUUUUAAUGCCUGUGAAUGUCAGGAUCUUUGGUUUAUAUUCUGCUAAUAUGGCAACUUUCCUGGCAUGUUUCUCUGCUUUCUUAAUGUAUGGUGUUCAUAACUGAGGUUUCAUCUUUUGACAACUUUUUUACAUUUUUGCGAUAAUUUUGCGUUGAAUCUAUAAUCUUUUACUACGUUUUCUGCUGCCUUGUAUGCAUGCACAUGAUCUUUUCUAAUUUAUAGAACAGUUUUACAUAAAUACAUACCAUAGAGUUUAGGGGUUCUUUUUCUUUUAAAACAAUUACUUGUAUUGAUUCUUUCUGUACAUAAAGGAAAACUGCAGGUUCCCCCCCCCCCAGGUUGUUUUUGUUUUUUAAAAUGUAUGUGAAUUCUAGCACAUGCUUGCAUGGUAAACAGUAUGGACAUAAGCAAAUUCUUGCACCAGUGUUCCUUCUCUGUCAUGGCUAUUGGAACCUAUGUAUGUCUUUAGUGUAGUGUCAUAUAACAAAAGGAUUUUUGUGGGGUGUGAACUACAGCACUGAAGUAGGAAAAAAAACUAAUGAGUCUAGAACAUGUGAAUCUCACAAGAACUACUGUGCUUGUUAAGAUAAGUUUAAAUUGUAGCUAAUGCAUUCAUUUUCAUUGACAUUUUCAUUGCUUUCUUUUUUCUUUAAAGCAAGUUAAAAAACAUUGCUUUACUAAGUUGGAAAACCCUAUUUUAAAAUAUAUAUACAGUAAAUGCAUUUUAUUAUUUUCAACUUUGGAGCAGCUCUACAAAACUGAUAGGUUGAUAGUUUCUCUCUAAUGAUAGAAAUUUUUUUCUUCAAGUGGUUUAGCUCUCAACAUACAGUAUUUGCAAGAGCAUGGUGCUGAUGAAUACUAUGUAAAAAGGAAACACAAGAACAGAUAAUGGUAAUCUACUUGUUUGCAUUAAUUUUACAAAUGUUCUCAGCUAUAGUGGCCUCCACUUUUAUGGUGUAUUACAGUCUUGUGUUGAUCAACUAUUCAGUUGACAUGUCUUUAUCUGAUUGUUAAGGUUGUGUUCAUUUUCAUGUUUGUGAUGCAAAUAUGCAGGAGUAUUGUAGAGAAUAAGCUGUUUUCCUAUCCCAUUGCUUGUCCCUUUCAUGGCCCCUAAAAUGUUACCGUAGUUCUUCCAAUAUUGUUAACAAAGGCUGGUGCAAAAGGUUAUUUGUCUUACAUAACAAAUAAUAGCCUGUGGUUACUAGUUAGUAUAGGUUUUUAAAAGUGAGUUAUUACAACAUGCAAAUUCCCCCUUUUCUUAAGAGUGCUUCUAACUCCUUAUAGUGCUUCUAACUCCUAAAUGUUGUUGGAUUCAUAAGAUUAUAAUGACUGCUCUCAAAAGUCUUUUAAAUUGCAUUUUAAGUGUCAUGACAAUCAAGACAGUUUGGAUCUGUUCUUCAUAUUAGUGUUAUAAUAUUUUGUAUAUUUAAUAUAAACACAGAGGCCCUGUUCAGAUACUCAUGUUCAUCCCUUGAUAACUGUAACUUUUAAGUGUUGACUUGCAUUUGUGAAAGAUCAUUGUAGACACCAUGAAUAAGAGGGAUAUAAAUUUCCUAUCACCUCAAAUGUAAUGUUUGUCCAUGGAGGCACUCAACACAUUCAGCCUAGGCUCCAAAUUAUGAGAGAUCAAGUGAUAUUCAUGCAUGUGUCAUUCUCUUUCCUGGGGGCUUUUUUGAGAGUCUGGAUGAGAAGCCUAGAAAUUUAAAUAAUAAAUAUCUUCAAUUUUUCCUGGUAGAAACAGAAAGUUGCUAAGAAACAUAUUAGUUUAGACUCACCUUUUAUGAAAAGACAACUGUUCAGUGCAAGCAGUAACAAUAUUGGGUGCUUUUUAAUCCUUCUAAUUUGAUUUGCCUCUUUUGAUUGUAAACUGCCUUCUUUUAACACAUUUGUUAAUCAUUACCUACUUUGGGUUAUCCCUGAAACAAAACUGAACACAUUUUAACUUUCUAGAUUAAAAACUUUUGAAAAAGCAAUCCAAUAUUAUGUGUUAGAAGAAAUCAUCCACUUAUGCAGAAUAAUGGAAGUAGCUUUGAAAGCUCUUCCUGCUUGUAGACAAACUUAUCCUCAGAUUGCUGGUUCAAUGACAUGUUACCCACUGAGCUUUUCAAGGAACUACACAUACUCUUAUUCAUUUCAAAUGUAGCUAUCAAGCAGGACCCAGCAACUUCUUAAGCCAGGUUGGUAUGCUUUCCAUCCCCCACCCAGUAGCCAUAGCAGAGGUAUCUCCACAGCACUACAAUCGCGUGAAAGUAGUGAAGGUGCUCGUCUUCAUGUCCUUAUCCCACAUUUCUCUGGAAUUGAGAAAAUAACCCAGUUACAAAUUGAAGCACAGUUGCUUAUAGGGAAAUAGCAGGAUCCUACUGAACUGCAAAGAUCCAUGUCCUUGAACUUGGCAGUUGGCUGACCACUGCCCCUUAACCAGACUCAGGAUUUUUAAAUAUAUCUAUUAUUGCCCAAUGAAUAGGCCAGCCCUAAUUUUCUGGGUUCUAGAUACAGGUAGGUAGCCGUGUUGGUCUGCUGUAGUUGAAACAAAAUAAAUAAUAAUAAUUCCAGUUAACACCUUAGAGACCAACUAAGUUUGUUAUUGGUAUGAGCUUUUGUGUGCAUGCACACUUCUUCAGAUUUUUCUGGGGUAGGGGAAGGAAUUUCAGUGUUUGCCCAAACAGUGUCAUGCAGCAGAUUGUGCUUGCAGAAGACCACUAUUUAUAUAUGUUGCAAAUCACUUCAAAGAACACUUGCUUUGGGCUGGAAAAGUACUCUUUAAAAUAUUUUAUCAGUAUUCUUUGCAAUUACUCUGUAAUUGUGAAUCACAAUUGUGCUUAUGCAUAAUUUAUUUUCCAUUAAACUUGCAAUCCUGUAUUUACAUAUACAGUAGGUCCCACUGAACUAAGUGGCCCUUGCUUCUAAAUAGACAUACAUAGAAUUGCACUUUAAUAUAUUUUGGCUGUGUUGUGCUUUACAUAUUUUGGAAUUUAAAAUAACUUGAUUUUUCUGGGCGGAUGUGGCAUGUGCUAUUGUGGUAUCUUACCAGAAAGUACAAGGUGCAUAAUUGGAGAGUCCUCUUAAUUUCACUACUUAUUUAUUACAGUACUGUAAUACAUAAAUCUUUUGAGCUGCUUUUCGAUCCAGAUAUGCAAUCAUUGUAUAGUCUUACUUCUUUGUUUGGAUUUAAGUUUCCUUAUACAGUAUAUGCUAUAGCAUGAAGGAGUUGGAAUACUGAGGCAUUGAGCAGCUUCUGUCAUUAUCCAUUAUUGUAUAUAGAUCACUCUAUUAUACCAUCUUCCUUUCCUAAUGUUUAAAUAUGUAUCUUGGAUCAAAUGUGUUGGAUCCAGAAUAAAUCAGUUGCUACUGAUUUAAUUGAGACUGAAGUUUAACUCACUUAACCUGGAUUCAACUCAUUGUGUUUUACAACACUGUCAUGUACAGCUGGGAAACUUUUACACUCUCAGAAAAGGGGGUGGGGGUGGGGGAGUAAUACCGUAGAUCAGGGACAAACAAUGAUUAUUGAGUUGUAUUUGUCCUUCAACAUUAUUUUUCUCCAACAUUAUGAUAAUUCUUAUGGAGAAAGUGAACUGCACAUAUAUUUGAUGUCUGCAAGAGAGAAAGGUGGCAUGAGGACAAAAGAGGAUGGUGAAGCCAGGUUCAGUGGAAGCAAGUGCCUCCUUUAUUACUUUUCCAUCUACUCUAAGCCUGGUGGCUUGCAUCUGUG